AUGGCGUUCAAUAUUGCGCAGCUAUCCAGCCCCCGGCUUGCCGACCAACUGAGUGCACUGAGAUCGCUGAAGAAUGAGGUCGUUGGCCACAGUCAAAAAAAAGAGCAAUGGGUACAAGCUGGUGUUCUGAGGCCUAUUGUUAGCAUUGUGGAGGGCGCGUCGGAGCAUGUCAACGGCAAGGAUUCCCGACAACGGCACCCGAUAACGAGGAACCUGAGUGACGACGAAGCAGUGAAGCUCCACGCCCUCCAGCUUCUUGCCACCUUCGCCAACGCCGGAACCGUCUUCCUUCUUCCACUCCACGCGGCUGGCGCUCUUUCUGCUAUCCUGAGCAGUUCUUGUCUACAGCAUGAACGCUCCCAGAUUGUCCUCGCCGCGCUUCGCGUGUUGCGCGGCAUCGUCGAAGCAGUCGCUUUUGUCCCUGCUUUCUCUCCUAUCAACUCCACCUACCUAGCCGACACCAUUUUCUCGAGUAGCCACCUGGAACCCCUCGCCUUCAUUUUAACUCAGUCCCACUCGAAUCGAGACGUCGAGGCGCAAGUGUCCAUUGUGGCCAAAUUUAUUGGUAUACUUUGUCAAGAAGAGCGCCAUCGGGUCGCAUUGGUCAACUGUGGUGUCCUUGACGCACUGGCAACGAGGUUGGCAGCCUUUGCUGUAGCAGAAGGGCAAGUGAUACCGGGCGCCGAGAUCAUCUGUCGCUCAGCAGGUCUGUCAGGAUUCAUACCGAGCCCAGCAAGUCCGGCACUUGACAUAGCAGACGUCUUGGGAGCUAUCGCCGCCAUCAUUACAGAUUCGCCAUUCAGAACUUGCAGGCUUCUAUACUCGCCUUGCAUACUGGCAGUUUUUCCUCGUACAGAUUGCGAUUGGGAAGUGUGCCCAAAAUCGUCCCCUGAAUUCCUCGAGCUCCCUGGCCUGAAGCCUACAAGACAGAAUGAAUUCGAACCCAUGGACUUGUUACUGCCAUACAUGCCAGUUCAGUUGCGUGGCCAAACGACGCCCAACGCACCGUUUCCGCCGCUAGGGUCGACCUCUUUGAGGGAGGGGAUCAGCUUUCACAGCCGUGUAAAUUCGAAAGCCAACAAUCAGAGCUGGGGUUCAAACGACGAAUCAUUCAUGGGCGGUGACGAGAGUGAUGUGGAGGAAGCCGAAAGCCCUCUUGUGCCUUGGCUUAUCGGGUUAGUACGAUUUCGGGACGGCCUGGCUGCUCUGACGGCAGCAUCUGUUCUCACGUCUCUUUUCAAAUGUGGGUUUGCUUACAAGAUGAGAGAAAUCACCCUGGGUCUCCUCGUUGUCCCAAAACUACUGCAGCUACUCGACACAGUGGAAGAAAAAGCCAACCAUACUGAUACUUCUAUGGGCGACGCUGAAACAGCCACAAUUUGGGGUAUUAUAGAACGGGCACCAGCCAUCUUGGCUCGUCUGAUCACGGACAGUGAAUCUUUGCAAAAAGCAGCUUUUGAUUCCGGUGCGGUCAAGACGAUAUGCAGGCUUUUGAAGAAUACCUAUGACACGCCGCCACCACUGAACCAGGCACGACCUUGGUCUCCGAACGCGGAAGAUGAGAGGAUGCCACUGAACUCGUCACCAAGCUGCCAACUCGGUGAGCCCGGUAUGAACCCCCUUGCGAGGCACCGAGUCAAGGUUAGGGAGAGCUCGUUGAAGUCUCUAGCUGCACUAGCAGCAUUCAAGGAAGAAUAUCGGAAAGCGUUCGUGGAUCAGGAUAUUAUUCCAUAUGUCGUGGAGUCUCUGAGGCAGUCACCACACCAGCCCAAACAGUUAAAGGAGAAAUCUAGUAGCGACACCACGGCAGAAGAGGCACCAAAAUCGGCUGGUUUUGGCAAGAAUCCACCGUCGGUGAACAUCGAAGCUUGCUAUGCGGUUCGCAUGCUCUCUAGGUCGGUCAACAUACUACGAACCUCGCUUGUGGACCACGCUGUAGCAAUACCGCUAUACAAGUUGCUCCUUCACUCCGACCUCAAAGUACAGGUCGCUGCCACCGCUGCGAUGUGCAACUUAGUUACCGACUUCAGUCCCAUGCGGGAGACUUUGACUGACGCCGGCCUCACGAAGGUGUUGUGCGACCACGCUAGAUCACAGAACGCAGACCUGCGGCUUAAUGCUUUAUGGGCGCUUAAGCAUUUGGUUCACUCUGCGAGUAUCGACCUCAAGAAGAACUGCUUGGAGGAGCUCCAAUCAGGCUGGCUGGUGCAAUUGAUACGCGACGAAAAGGAAGACGAGGCACUACACUCGGCACGGAGGGGCGACACGCAACAUAGUCAAGGCGUAUUCGAUGAUGUGGACGAGGACAUGGACAUGGAUGAUCAGAUCCGGUCACCAUGCUACAGACAUGCCAGUGCACUCCUGCCAUCGGACAGUCAUAUCCUCCGCCUAGCUGAUGCAAGACUUUCGAAGCUUCGAGAGGCUGAGUCUAACCCACUUUGCAAGGUGAGACGAGACGAUCUCGCAAUCCAAGAACAGGGACUUGGCUUCAUCCGAAAUCUCAUCGGGGGAGCUUAUGCGGGCAACAUUACAGAUCAAAAUAACGACACGCCGUUGAUGAUCGAUCACCUAUUCAACACCUUAGGACAUGACGAACUUUUCAGGAUCCUCGCAAGCAAGCUCAGGGUUAAGGUCCUCCACCCAUUCAGUGGCCGCCGUGGCCCUACCGGUAGCGAGACUAGAGUGCUUUACCCCCAAGCUAAGAUCAUCGAGGCGGUGAUAUACAUAUUAGUGCACAUGGCCGCCAGCAUACCGCGCCAUCGGCAGCUGGUCGUUGCGCAGACGGAGCUGUUGAGGCUGUUGGCAGGCCUCUUCAGCAGCCAGGACCGAGAGGUGCGCGUAGCCCUGUGCUACCUGAUCAACAACUUGACGUGGCAGGACGACGUGCACGAUGCCCCCGCAUGCUCGCAACGGGCCACUGAACUGAAGAAGCUGGGGUUCUUGACCAAACUCGAGUCUCUCGGCCAGAACGACAACGAAUUAGACGUGCGCGAACGUGCUAAGACCGCUCUCUGGCAGAUGAAGCAUGGUUAUUAG